GCAGAUCCCGUGUGCCCAGCCACGGAGAGCGCUGAGGCGGGCAGGGUGAAGCUGCUUCUACACGGAGCUGUAUUGGUCGUGAUGCUUAACGAGUUUUGACCACUUUCUUACGUGGGGGAUGUAUUUUCCCCCCUUUGGUGAAAUAUCUGGAGUUCCGAGCUGCAAAGAGUCUUCUAAGUGUUGCUUUGGAAGGACGAACUUUGGCACGUUGGAUGCUGAUUAUAUACUGUGGAAAAGACAAAAUUAUAUUCGUGACUAAGGAGGACCACGAGACCCCAAGCAGUGCUGAACUGGUUGCAGACGAUCCAGAUGACCCUUAUGAAGAACAAGGAUUGAUAUUGCCCAAUGGAGAUAUCAAUUGGAACUGCCCAUGUCUGGGUGGAAUGGCCAGCGGUCCCUGUGGGGAACAGUUCAAGUCAGCCUUUUCUUGUUUCCACUAUAGCACAGAAGAAAUAAAGGGAUCAGACUGUGUGGACCAAUUCCGUGCUAUGCAGGAAUGCAUGCAAAAAUACCCAGAUCUUUACCCUCAAGAGGAUGAAAAUGAAGAGGAGAAGUCGAGCAAAGAUUUGGGAGCUACUCCUGUGGAAGAUUCUGUUUCCAAACAGGAGAAAGGAUCUAGCUAAUGAAGAUGCAAGGAGGCUGUUGUCUCCACUUCUCGUUUUCAGAGACGCGGACUUUUGCAGUAUGUCUGUCUUCUGAGUUGUCAAGAAAUGUUUCACCAUUGUUCUAUACACUGUAUAAUAGUAAAUAAUUUAUUGUGGAAGGAGAAAUCUCAGUGUGACAGUCUUGCAAAUAAAUACUGCAAAAAGCA